AUGGUGACUCAUAGAGGAACUGAAGUGAACUCAAAUCAGAUUAAGGCCAUCAACGAUUUUCAAGCACCUCGGAAUCCAAAAGAGGUGCAGAACCUGACUGGAAUGACUGCUGUUUUGAACCGAUUUAUCUCCAGGUCGGCCGAAAUGUGUCAUCCCUUUUUCCUUCUACUACAUAAGUGGAAAGGAUUUAAAUGGACCGAGGAGUGUGCUGUGGAAUUUCAGCAGUUGAAGGAGUACCUAUCCAGGCCGCCUAUCAUGUCUAGUCCUGAGGUGGAUGAGGUGCUGUUUACCUAUCUAGCAGUUGCCCCUCAUGCAGCCCACACUGUGGUUGUUUUAACUCAACUACCUCUCAAGUCCAUACUUAUAAGUACAGAUUACACUGGAAGAAUUGCUAAGUGGAGCACAAUCCUAGGUGCUUUCGAUAUCAAGUAUAUGCCUCGCACCUCUGUGAAAGGCCAAGUCCUUGCCGAUUUGGUAACCGAGUUCGCCAAGUGCCCAGAAAAAGCUAACAUGAAGCAAAAUGACAUGGAUGAAAAAUCAGUUGGUCUGAUAUCCACACAAGGCGGUUCCUCCUGGAGGGUAUAUGUGGACGGAGCAGCAAACCAUCGGGGGGCAGGAUUGGGGCUAGUUUUGAUAUCCUCUGAAGAGAUCAUCAUUGAGAAAUCCUUGAGGUUGGGAUUCUCGGCUACUAACAACGAAGCAGAAUACGAAGUUUUAUUGAUGGGAAUGAGUAUGGAUCAGAAAAUGGGUAGAAAGAUAGCAGAAUUAUUCUCGGAUUCAAGAUUGGUAGUCGGCCAAGUGAAAGGAGAACUGGAAGCCCGAGAUCUAAGAAUGCAUGGGUAUUUGAGUCAAGUUAGGCGUAUGCAAAUGAAAUUUGAAUCUUUCAUCUUGUCGUACAUCCCCCGAGGUGAAAAUACCCAUGCCGAUUCCCUUGCAACCGUUGCCACUUCUUCAACACGGAAUUUUCCUCGGGUGAUAAUCGUCGAAGAUUUACAUACAUCCACUUCACCAGAAAAGGACGUACGUCAGGUUCAUCAAGUUAAUCUAGCGUCGAGCUGGAUGGAUCCCAUAUUGAAAUUCCUCGAAAGUGACACCUUGCCUGAAGAGAAAAUAGAAGCUGAGAAAAUACGGAGGAAAACUCCUCAGUUUUGGUUAUCCGAGGACAAAAAGUUAUGCAAACGGUCUUUCUCUGGGUAG